UUGACCUCUGUGUACUAGACCACAGAUUAAUCUCUCUCAUAAAAUCAUUUUUGGAUUCCAAGUAGGCAAAGAUUAUCAUAUUCUAUCCUGUUUACUUUACUAAAGUUAGGAUAGGGCAAGUGGAGCAUUCAUGAAAAUAAAAGGAGUAUUGGAGGAGGAUAAAACCAUGAAAAGCUGUGAGAUUUAUGGGAAGGAAGCAACAUGGAAUCUAAAGAGAUGAUAUUUCUUCUACUGGUCUUACUCUACUUCAUUUGCCCCGCAUCAUUAUUUCCUCUUCCCAAGACCUUGUCUUCAGUUAAUUUGCAGGAGGACAUUGAGGAAAAACAUAGCAGCAUUAAUCGCGGUAGAAAACUUAUAGCCCACCACAGCAAUUUUGGCCAUGGUGUUGGUGCAAGAGGUGGUGGAGGAGGUGGCCAUGUUGGUGGGGAAAGAGGCCCUGGCGGUGAGGGAGCAAGUAAUGGUGGGAACACACAGGGAGGCGCCGCCGCUGUCAUACCCCUUUAUGCAGCUGGCGCUGCAAACGGGCACCGGACCAACCACCACAGUGCUGGAAGCUGCAACCACAGCUGCAUAGGAUUUCCCACCUUAUGUGCAGCACUCUUGGCCUCUCUUCUUGUGGUAGUGCAUAUUUAUGGAGUGUUUGGAUUGAAAGCAGAGUGUGUUGACUAGAAAGUACAGUAGGUAGGUAUGUGCAUGGCUUUUGGCCUUUUACAACCACCUCAGUGCUGGAAGCUGCAACCACAACUGCAUAGGAUUUCCCAUCUUGUGUGCACUCUUGGCCUCUCUUCUUGUGGUAGUGCAUAUUUAUGGAGUGUUUGGAUUGAAAGAAGAGUGUGUUGACUAGAAAGUACAGUAGGUAGGUAUGUGCAAGGCUUUUGGCCUUUUGCUUGUGAGUUCCCUUUGUAGAUGAGGGUUCUCCUAGGAGUGAGUUCAUUUUAUGAACAAACACUUGGCACUGAAUGUAUACUGGGGUUGUAUAGCUUAAUGUUAUGUAUUGACAUUAUUUCUUCUAAUGAACUUAUUGU